AUGGAAGCACAAGAGCAUAAGAAAUUAGACGAAGAAGACACCACAUCUUUAUCCCAAGAUCCAGCAGGACAGGGUGAGUGCUCUAGAGAGGUUUUAGUUAUAAACAAUAUGGAGUCAGGAAACAAACCAUUCGGGGCCGGGUAAGCGUGCAUCAACACGUUCCUCGUAGGCUUUUCCCGGCGAUUUAAUUGGCAGUGUGUGUAGUGUAUAGCGAGCAAAGGAUUUCACGGGUAAGGGGUUUAUCAAGAGUAACUGCACCCUUAAAAUUGCCACCAGAUAUCUCACAUCAGCGAAACAAACACACAAAGUGACAUUAAAUUUAACUUCAAACAACAUGGCGUCAAAGAACAAGCCGCUCGAGGAUCCACGCACAGCAACCUAGAAUGUGUUCAGCGCUCGUGUAAGUGGGGUUUUGCGCGAACUGAAAAAUUACAAGCAAAAUUUGUUUAGGAAGCAAUCAGCACAGUCAGUGAACUUCCUUGAAAAGAAUCCUAAAGGCUUCGCCAUUCCUGGGUAAAUGAAAGGUCCGUCUUUGGUAAAACGGAGCGCAUUGCACCAAGGGAAAUCGGGAGGAAAACGGGGACUAGAAAACCUGGGGUUUGAGGUUCCAUUCCUUGCAAUAAUUAUAGCAAAGAAAUCACCUUUAAUUCUUAUGCUAUGUGUUUUCAGGAGGAAAAGCUACUUACACUGUCGAAGAUGCGAUCGACAAACUUGGUUAUGGACCUUUUCAAAUGAAACUUAUGUUCGUUGUCGGCCUGGCUUGGGUAAGCCUGAAAGUUUUAAUGAACUACAGCACAUUCCUUCAGAAGAAUACGUCUCACCACAAUCCCAUCAUCAUCAACUGUUAUCAGCAGAAAAAAAGAAUAAAUAGUCUACACAUGCUUUUCUGCAUCCACAUAAGAUAUCACGUUCUAGCGUGGGAGUAAUGUUUAGGACUAACAAAAACCAAACUGGCGUGUAAGGAAAGCUAGACACUUUGAAUCGCCUGAAUCGAAAGAGAUUUUAAAUAUCUUUAACUGCUGUUUAUUAGUCAUUCAAAAUAUGCUUAAAUUCCCUGGGUGCGUUUUCAUAACCAGCCAUGGUCAGCCUGCGUUGACCAAGUUUGGAAGCUGCUUGCUAUUAUUUUACGAUUGACAGCAACCGUACAAUAACAUAAUAAACAGGGACGCACUGACGACAUUCGAAGGGAACUCUUCUCCAGGUCCUCUAGUUCUCUGAUAUGUCGCCUCGGGAAAAACGAGCAGACCCUGGGUGUUGAAGACUCCUCUCUUGCCAUCCACAAUAUUAAAAAAAAAAAAGUUUUCGAGAGAACCCCAGAAGCAAAGUUGAAAGGCAAAAAAGACAUCCUUCUUCAACCUCAGUCUUCUAAUUCAAGAUCGUUCUCUGAUUUCAAGUUUCUAGAUGAUGAGGUUUUUGAACAACAAAGGACCCUGGGAACCGUGUUGCUGUUUACACUACAAUCCAGUCACCUUGAAUAUGUUCUCCUUAAACAAUACAGGUGUUUGCAUUGUCACUAAUCCAAUGGCUACUUUUUAGUUCGCUUUUGGUUUUACGUUUGCAUGGUCUCGAAAGCAUGAUAUAAUGCCAAUAAUCAUUUUAAUGCCAUAUCUUGUAUCAAGAGGGGUUGAUCUUUCCUUCUUGUAUGUUGUUAUUCAGAUGGCUGACUCCAUGGAAGUGACGAUUUUGGCAAUUGUAUGUCCUGCUAUUCGAUGUGAAUGGCAAUUAGAAACAUGGCAAGAAGCAACUAUAACAACGGUAAGACCUGACUGAAGCCCACAGUAGUAUAGUAAUCUGAGCAUCGGAGGUCUCAGUUCUCUAGCUCAGUCUAUCCCAAGCCUGAUAUUCAGGUUAAGCACGCAGCAAACUAGACCACAUUGAUAAAACUAUUGAAUGGAAAAGAACGGUAUAAAAGGAAGGGAUGGAAUGAAAAAACGACAGGAUUACUUAAAUUAUAAAAGCUUUUGGGUGGUGCUUCUAUUGGCUGAAGCAAAUUUUCAACCAAUCAGAAACACUACUACCCCGAUCUUGGUAGUGACGCAUCAUCAGUAUGGAAUUUCUGUACUUGUUUCUCAGACGUUAUUGCUAUUUUGCGGGGAAAACAGCAAUGGCGACGCGAAAUGUCGGCUGUUUCAGUCUCAGGUUACUCCUAUUUACUUUAAUAUCUCAGGCAGUAUUCUCAGGGAUGACAAUAAGUACAUGUAUUUGGGGAUAUGUCUCGGACAACUUUGGACGAAAGAAGGUAAAUUAUCUCUCGAUUAUGUAUCUACUCUGCUUAUUAGCGUGUUGAUCUUAUUUCCCCUUUGAUUUACAUGUUGAAAUUUUGGGUAUAGAUGGUUUUCACAGUGACGUCAUCAAAUUCUAAAGUCAAAAUAGCGAGGUUUUACGAAUUCUUAUUUACACUAGGUUGAAGCUAAACAAAAAGUUAAUCUUUGUACAAGUUUUCAGUCCCAUAGCAUGUUUCAUUUCGAAAAUACAGCAAUUUGAACUUCCGAGUUUUCACAGUGCGUGACACCAAAAUAGGAACGCUGUCUGGUUGAAAAAAAGUCUCUCCUCUUGAUUUUCAGCAGUAUAACCAUUUCAAGUAUUAGAAGAUAUGUUUAUGCGCACGUAGGCUAGUUCUCGAGUGAAAAGAAGGAGCUUUUAUAGAACAAGUGAACUCCAGAUGUUUUUGUUGAUUUUCGGCGGCCAUAUUGGUGCACCAAAACUGUGCACCAAUAUGGCGUCUCCAUACAAAGCUCUACAAAGAUGCGUGAAACGUUUCGGCAAAUAACUCAGAAACUGGGGGCCAAAAAGACCUGAGUCUCGGACAAAUUGUUUAAAUAUUAGUCUUUUAUAACAUAUCAUUUUUUUUGGCUUCUUUCACUGGACGGUUUUCAAUUUAUUUUUUUGUUGCGUGACAGUGAAAACGAUCUAUUCUGUCAUUUGAUUAUCCCGAUUAUUAUCAUCAAAUUUUCUUAUUCCAUUGAAAAUCUCACCGCGUGUAAAUACAGUAGAAUAAUAAAUUCGGUACAUCAAUUUUCGUAACUGUCUCCGUGGUUUAUAGAUCUUUAUAGGAAUAAAAAAAAAUCACUUUGAGGCACAGAGAUGAAUGGUACAUUCCUCUGAUUAAUUCUCCUAAGCCACGGAGCGAAAAUCAUGCGUGAAAAUUGGCCUUGAAGUUGGAUUGACUCUUCAGUGUUACAUCAGAUAGAGCGAUUAUCAAUCAAGUCAAUGUGUUUUGCUUUAUCUAGGAAGUCCUUGCUUGUACUGUGGUGGUUUUUACUGGCGCUGUACUGAGUACAUUUGCGCCAAAUUAUUUCUGGAUCAUGGUGUUUAGUACAGUGGUUGGCUUGGGGAUGGGAGGAGUAGCUCAAUGGUGAGAUAACACUACUGAGGAAGUGACUGACUGACUGACUGACGGUCCGACUGACGGAAUAACUGACUGACUGAUUGACUGACUGACGGACUAACUGACUGACUGAUUGACUUAUUGACUCACUGACUGAUUGACUGAAGCGACUGACUGACUGAUUCACUGGCUGAUUGUCUGCUUGACUCACUGUCUGACUAAUUGACUGACUGAAAGAAUGGCUGAGGGCUGCCUGCCUGCAUAAAUACAGGCUGGCUAGUUUACUGGCUAACUGACAGUCUGGCUGGCUGACUAGCCUACUGGCUAACUAACUAAAUGAAUGAACUGAAAUGUAUAAUUGACUAACUGAACGACCGACGGACUGAAUGAACGACCGACAGGCGGGCAACAGACUAACUCGAAAGACUCGUUCAUUAGGUUAUUUAUUCAUUUUAUCCAAGAAAAAAAAAACAUUUUUCUGGUUAUUCAUUCAUCCGAAAUAAAACAAUUAAAAGAAGCACAGGAUAUACACAGCGUCUCAUCUCAGUGAUUUGGUUCAGUGCAAAAGAGUGCACAGAUAUCUGAUGUUAAAAAUUGAAGCGCCUGACUACUAACAGCAGUCCCCUACCUUGUUAAAUGUACCUUUCAGUAUGAAUCUAUGGGCUGAAUUUCUACCAAGCAGACGACGAGGAGUUAUGCUUAACGCCCUUUCGGUAAGUUUAGUAAUACCAAGUACAACUGGGAUAGAUUACAUAUGGUGCAUAUACAGAUUGAGUCAAAUCAGUAUUGGUAUUUUUACCUUACCAUCCUUGCCGAUCUCGGCCUGCCGAACAAUCUGUGUUCAUAUGUUCACAUGAAUUUUUUAGCCCGAUUAGCCGAGAUUGCUUGACAAUUCGUUGGUGAGCUCACUAUCAAAAUAUAAUCAAAACGAUUGAAGUUUUUUUAAAAACAAAGAAAUUUUGCUUACUAAUAACACUGGUAAGAUUUUAUACUCCGAACGAAGAGAGAAUGAACUGACUUCAGAGAUCACUUGCAUAAAUCUUUACGUCAGAAGUAAGCGCCCCCCAUUCCCAAGAUAUGACGUCAUUUGGUUGAAAACUAACUGGACAUUGUUAGCAUUCUGUAUUAUUCUUUGCAGUUAUCUUGGUCACUUGGGUCUUGUAUAGAGAUUUCCAUUGCACUUGUGGUGAUGCCUACAUUGGGUUGGAGAUGGUUGUUUUUUAUUUCCGCCAUUCCUUUACUUCUUUUCCUUUGUUGUAGUAAGGUGAGAAGUGCAAAAUAUUACUUAAAUUGAACACACUAUUCAGCUAGAGUACAAUGCGCCUGUGAAAGGAGAUCGGUUACUUACAGCGCUUGCUCUCGAUCUCCUCCGCCCCCAUCGCACAUGAGUUAAAGGAUAUCAGGCCCUGUUUUUCAAAAUCAGGAUAGCACUACCCACCGAAUAAAUCACUCUAGUGGAAAAGUAUCAAGAAAACCAGUUGCAACGGCUAUCCAGUGGAUAGGGAUCGAUUUGGUGGACGGAGUUACCCACCCUUUGAACAACUGGGGCCUGGUCGAUACAUCUAGCCAGUAUAGAAGCAACCAGUAAAAAUUUCAAAUUUAAACUUUCUUGUGCUCGACCUAGUAGGACACAAUGUAUGGCCAGGGCGCCGUUAUCCUAACAUUUAAACAGCAAAAGCGUGUUCGUUCUGAUAUUGCUUCAGUACGAAUUUUGGUCAAAAGUCAUCUAGACUAAACUCACUUGAAUUUAUUCAUUUCAUUGUCCAUUUUGUUUGCUCACUUUUACAGCUUGUUCCAGAGUCACCUCGUUUUCUCAUGACUGUAGGUAAGCCAGAGAAAGCUCUGCGUAUUUUGCAAAGAAUAGCGAAAGAGAACAAACAAGAACUUCCUCCAGGAGAACUGGUGGCCACUGAAAAACACGAGGUAUUUCUGACUUAUCAUACUCAUAUUCUUUGCUUUGGGAUGCACUGUCUCUAAGUGGAAGUACAUGGCUACAGACUGCUCAUCGCUGUAUAUUCAUUAAAUCCGGCUUCCUAGAUUGUAUCACAUGUUUAUCGCAAGCUCGGUCAAUGAACACAAGGUAUGAAGUAUCGGACAAGCCACCGGCUUCUCUCAAUUUUCUUUCCCCCUUUGUAAUCACCGGCUCUGUCGCAACUCGAAGACAUGAGAUACUAUCACGGACUUCAUUCGUCAUCGUCAUUCUCAUCUUCAUCAUUAUCAUUUUCUCAUCAUCGACUCGUUGUUGUUUUACUUUCUGGGGUCAUCGAUUCGACUUUUUCAGUCGUUCUUUUCAUUUAAUCGAGCACGACAACAAAUCAGGUCCGGUGGUCCCAUUAAGAUUCCAAAACUUUCGUGUUCGAUUAAAUGAAAUCUCCGAGUUAAUAUUCUCCGACUGAAAAAAUCGGACCCGAUUACUCUGAACCGGCUGAUUGGACAUCGUCAUCAAAUUUUUGGUGCUUUUAAGAAACGAAAUUUGGACAUCGUUAUCAAAUUUUUGACACUACUGAAAAAUACAAGAAACCAUCAUUAACUUCUCAAUCCUGCCUGCUCUUUGGUGUUUUUUUCUUCCGUCUACAUGUCCGUUCUGCUCUUUACAAUAACUCUGAUUUGUAGAUUAUCAAAUUAUACCAAAGACAAUUAGGUUUAAAAGAUACAUAGUAUUCAAAUACGCUGCUUUCAAGUGUUUAUCUAGGUUCUUUUUCAUUCAUUUGUGACGAUGAUAAUUUUGACGUUUUGAUCUAUCAGAUUGUCGGCGUGACUUUAUCAGCAGAAAAGAAAAACAGGCCAGUUGUUAGCUCGGUCGUGUUCAGUUACCUUCUUUUAGUAAACUAACUUUAAAAAAAACUAGGACUUAAUAAGUAUUUCUAAAAAUAACGUUGAUCAUUUGUACCAUACAUUGUUAGGUUCAACUAGGAAGGAUAGCAGAUCUAUUUUCUCCAGAAUUCCGAAGAACUACUAUUUUGCUAUGGAUCAUUUGGUGAGCCCUUAGUUUACAACGAUUGUUAAGCAUGAUAUGAUACCCGAAAAAGAUAGCAAUUAAAGAAUAGCUAAUCAGAGUCAUGACUGUCCUCUACGCAGGUUCAGUAGUCAUUUUGUAAUCUAUGGAAUAGCGCUUAUAACUACAGAGAUGUUUUCAAGAGUUGAUCCUUGUAGAGGUAAGUAUCCACGAUUCGCAACAUGAUGUGCGAUUGUUAGUAGCUUCUUAUGGUCUCCAGCCGCCAUGGACGUGAAAUCCCCAAAAUGUGGGGGGAAACUGCCGUGAUGAUACCGGAUUUCUUUGAUUCCAGACAAUUAUACAACUUAGGACGAGCAAUAGAUGCAAAUAUCUUUCAACCAUUCCCUCACUUUAAUUAAAGAGCGCUGUUUAAUUCAACAACAGUGAUUUUCAGAUAAAAUUUAACGUCAAAAAUCGUCAAAUAUUAUUCUUUGCCGAAAAUUGGGGCUAAGUUUUCACUCAUUCGAGAUGUCCAAGGGCAAUAAAUCGACAACUGAACACGAUCUUCCUACUUAUGUUCUUUUUCUGGAGCACAGUCUCUCGUGAAUGGGUCCUCAUGAGGGGCGCAUCCAAAAAAAGUGAGAAAGAGGCCGGGGCCGGUAGCAGACUUGUCAACAUUAUAAAUAAUGCCUACUAACUGGUUAAAGAACUCUGACAGCUUUAGUGAACAAAAAUUAAGACUCUAAAAGACAGAUCAGUUUGGGGAGAUUUCUUUAAAAUUAGAUCAUAAUUUGGGACCGCGUUCCCCGCCCUUGACUCAUAGAAAACUAGCCCAUGCCUAUUCUUUACAGCUUUUAUGCAUUUAUGACAUUACGAAUUUCAAGCAAAGUUGCAACAUCAGUAAAUUUGACAGAUCGACGCCUCUCCGGUUGAGGCCUUCAGCUAAAGCUUGGUUAUAAUACUGUAUUUUUCAGGUAUCAAUCCUGGUGGGGUCGAUACUUCAAGCGAUAAAGAUGACGUACCACAAGGGUCCAGUCCUUGUAAACAGUUAGAUUAUGAAGACUAUGCGAAUUACUUGAUUGUUAUGUCUGGCGAUCUCUUAGGUAACGACUUUUUCUCCACUUAUUUUAACAAAAUAGCCGUGUGGUUAUCAUGAUAGUCCUGGCUCAGAUAAAGAGUUUUCCACAAAGUUAUCUACUAUCUUAUGGUUCCGAAUGUUUUCAUCUUCGAUAACAAGGUCAUAGAUCCAAAAGUUUUUGGAAGAAAAAAAAAAGAAUUAGGUUUUUCACAUUUCUAUUUCGUUCUAUAACUCCGAGGUUUCUAUUUCUUUCUUUUUCCUCGUUCCACUCUUAAACUUGUCUCAAAGACAAAAGCAUUAUGUGCACCCACGGGUGAAACUCAGGCUCGACUGGAUCAUUUUACGGGUGGUUUUGUUCACGGUUUUUGAUUCACGCGUCUCCGCUGGCCACGAGUGGCGCGGACCAUGCCGCACUCUGAUCCCCCAGACAUAGACCAAAUCAGGCUCUCCUCGACUGAUAUUAAAACCCAUGAGUGACUGAGUGCUCAGAUGCCAAUCGCGCACUCUCACUAGAGAUACAGUACUCAUUCUGUCUCAUGGGCUUAAUCUCGGCUUAAAUUGAUGUAUUUUAUAGUUAUUCUAAUUAGACUGAUUAUAUUUUUUUCCUUCAGGAUUAGUGUUUAUAUUUUUCAUGGUGGACAAAAUAGGUAGAAAAAUGGUUCAACUUGUAGCCUUCGUAGGGAGUGCCGUUUUCCUAACAGCCUUGUUUAUUUGCACCAGAAGGUGAGUCGAUUUUAGCUCUGUUUUAUUGUGGGUUUCCUUGCUCGCCAUGAACCAGGAAGAACAACGAGGAAUAUUCAAGAUAAAAAAAUGCAACAGACUUCUUCUGUUUUUAUAUGAUGAAAGGAGAACACGUCAGAGUUGUGAAAAUGAUCAAGAAGAGAAAGCAAUUUAUGACAUGUUUGCAAUAAGCCUGGAACUAUCUCACAGUUGAAUUCAAAACUGUUUCACUGAACCCGAAGUGGUGGCGAGAAUUUUUACAGUGCAUUAGGCAUUCAUUCGAGUAUUCAUCAUGGGGAAUUACCCUUAUCCGAUUUGUAAAACUCUUUCAUGUAAUAUGCACCAAGUCUUUUCUUGCGUUCUUAUAUGAUCAUAUGACCAAGAAGAAGUCGCGUUAAAAAAAAACGCUUAAAAGGAAGAGGCCAAUAUCCCGCCAUCCGGGAACAAACAAGAUUAACAACAAAUGAUUCAUUAUAUGCCCAAAAAGACUACAUUUUCUUGCGGGACCAACGCGACCAAUCAAAACAUAGAAUUCACUUCCAUUUAUCUACUAAAUUAGACUCAAACAAAAGGCUGGAUUAUUAACCAAAGUAGCUCAGUGCCAUUCCCUGAAGCAGCAGAGGCAUACUGAGGAUGCAUCGAUAUGCCUCCUCUCAAUGCACCCUCGAUUUAGUCAGGACUGCGAACAGUCUCUCUUUUACGCUGCUCGAAAAUCUGUGAGAGCACGUGAUAUGCGAGUGUGCAAGCUGCGAAGACGCGAGCAGUGAGUUGUGCGGACCCCAGUAAGAGAUUGUACAGUUGCAGAAAAGAUUCACUGACCAACUGACAGUACCUAAAAUUAAUUUCUUUACAUUUUCUCGUCAGCCGUUUAUCGACCACCAUGUUUUUAUAUGGAGCGCGUCUCUUCAUAAGCAUAGCUGAUAUGUGCGGCUAUGUAUACACCCCGGAGGUGUAUCCCACGAGCAUGCGCGGGAUCGGCUUGGGAGCAUGCUCCGGUGCAGCGAGGAUAGGAUGUAUGAUAACCCCUUUUGUUGCCAUGGUGAGUAGAACAAUUAGAUAAUAAAAUUUUCUGCUCAUGGAAAAAAGGAAACGUCAUUUCGUAAAAGUAGUACUGAUGAAAAACAUGGUAUAUUAUGAGUAACAUUGUGUUUCAUCAUGACUCGCUCAGGAGACCAUAAAAUUUAAGUAUUCCACUUCCAAUUUUCUCCUUUUUCUUGUCUUUUCUCGCCAAGUAUGUUAUCUGUCGUGAACAGUGCUUUUAAAAAUCACCAUUUUUUUUAUCACGUUGUUUUCACAGGUUCUCAUGCCACAGUCAGUCCUGUUAUCACUUAGUUUGUACAGCGGUUUUUCCAUUCUGGGCAUAGUCACUGUCUUUCUACUCCCCAUUGAAACUAAAGGACGAGCAUUACAAGUAAGAAAGAUUAUAACUGAUCACUAUGUAUGGCAUGUUCUAACUACUAGACAACAAAAAUGUGCAAGGUUGCGCUCAAAGCACCUAGGGGUACUUGGUUAUCCGGAAAUAAAUGGAAGCAUUUUUAUAUAUCCCUACUUGUACCUGGUACAGCAGUGGGACCCAGGCUACAUUUUAGUAACGGUAUUGAAAAUGCACAUGAUAGUCAAUCCAGUCGUGAAAAUGCGACUCCACCCCACGGCACAGCUCCAUUAGCCUAUUACCAGGAAGUAGCCUCCGCGAGAAACCGAAGACUGUGUCGACUUCGUCUCCCACUACGUAGAGUUCUAUCAAUCUUCACCCAGAAUUGAGGAAGACACAACAGUCCCUCUAUGUAAGAGAAUCGGAGACAGUCUUGGAUUCUGUAUCCCACGCCGUAGAUUCCGGAUUCCAAUCACCAGGUUCCAGGUUCUUGUCACUGGAACUUGGAUUCCGGAUUCCAGUCGUUACUGGGAUUCCGGAUUCUUUGAGCUGUAUUGCGGAUUCCGAAGCCCAGGGUUCCGGAUUUCAAAAGCACAAACUUUUGGAUUCCGGGUUCCAGAAGCAAAAAUUUCCGGAAUCCACAUUCCCUUACAUGGUGCAAAAAUAGGUUAAGUUGACAAGACAUGCUGCUUAACCUUACUGCUCAAUGACGACAUCACCUGCUGCAAACCUGAUAAGGGUCCCAGACUAGCGCUAUGAUCAGACUAUACCAGAGAGCUUUUGCGCCAGCACUGCCGAGUUCAGACAUAAAAAAGAUGAUUUCGGCGCGAUUUCUGAAACGAAGAGAAUCUGCGCCACGCCGAUCUCUUUAGUGGAGAGUUACAUACCGGAUGUGUUUUCUUGCCGGCGCGAAACGUUAUCCAGAGUGUAAACAUAUCCUAAGGCAGCAUGAUAAUUCAUUUUCAUUACGACCAUGGCCGGGAAUCUUUUUGCUUGAAUAUCUCUCCGAGUAAGUUGGUAUAAGGUUAUUUAGGAAAAUAAUUAUAAUGAAUGUGAGGGUGCAUUCUAAAUUUUUCUGCCUCUUAUUUCCAUUGCAGGAUUACUGAAAAAGCUCUGUUCUUACAAAAUAAAGUAGUAUGCCUCCAGCGUGAAGUCACGAAAGCCGACUCCUCUUCUUCCACUCUUCCAUUAGAAACCGAGCGAUUAUCUAUUGCAGCUGAGACACAAUGGGCUCAUUUUUUGGCGACAUUCUUCAAACAACAAAAAACGAAGCAAUUUUGCACUAUUUCUUUUUUUUCUUCCUGAAUGUAAACGUAUCAACUUAAACUGAACGUGCAAAUGACAGAAUAAAAAGCUUCGACUUUUAUCGAUGAGUAUUAUUUUUCUAUAGCUCUGAGGAGGUAUAAGAUUAAACAAUUUAAGAACUUCUCGUUUUCAAGACCUAGAUUUCAUACACUACAGUCUCCGUUCUCUUUCAGUCCAGCAGACGUAGUAUUACUCAGUUUCUACUGGACCUGGGACGAAUGUUAUGAGAUAGAAGGCACUGAAGUAAGGGAAGCCCGGAACUAACAUCGCAGAGCAAUCCCAUUAUCUCCUUCAAACCCCUUUUAAAAGGCCUUAUGAUUUUUCCCAGGCAGUUACAACUUUUACUCGCCGAUAGCUUGAGAAUGGAAGUGACUUUGUUGUUAUUCAAGCAUCAAAUUUCUUCUCUAUGACUCCAUCUUCCUGUCCAAAAAAUUUAUUCCAUUUUUGCCGCCAACAUUCGACACUCACACUUCCUGGGCUUUCAAUUUUCUUCCUUUACCCAUGAAAGUGUGUCGAGCCUUAAGCUACUCCCAAAUAUGACCAUUUAUCUGUUUAUUUGAAUUGGAUUGUUUUCUAUAUUUCAAAACCUUCCGGUAGUUAAUGCAGGAAACUGCAUUUAUCUGGUAAAUGGAGGAGUAGAUUUCACUAAUUACGCCUAAUUUCCGCAAUCUUCGUUUCCAUCUUUUUCAGGUGAAAAAGAUAGUGUACAAUUAGGGAAGUUUUAAAAAGUAUAUUUAUUCAAAGUGUGCUGAAACAAAUCAAAGCAAUCAGAUCUUCCUCGGUACCUUGGCACUCCGUGUUUAUUUGUGGAUCGUUGUGAGAUGGCUAACAAAAUCCGUGGUGUGCGCUAAAAAGGCCAGGUUGUUGGUUCGUCUUAAAUAAAAAUAUCUUUUUUUUCUUUUUUGUUGCAAUUAAAAAGAGUCUGUAAAGAUAACUCGCCAGUUACGUAACAGUUGUUUGCAUUUUGUAUUACAAAUAUUACACAGUUCUUAUAUUUACUUUUGCUCCGGCAGAAAACUUCUCUCUUAAUACAAUUUAAUUCGUUAAUUAAUUUUGUAUCAGUGAAGUUAUUCGGUUUCACUUGUAACUUCAAUUUCAAUUUCCAGUUGUGGAAAUGGAAAAGAAAAUUACACAUAAUUGACUGAUCUACAUUUAUGUACUCUAUAACAUCAAAAAGGGCAACAAGAUAUCCCUUUUGCUAUGGCUUUAAGGUCUCAGUUGUAUUUGUGGUUGUAUUCAGGUUUAGUUCAUAAAGCUGUCAUUGGUUGCAUUAUCAAGCGACUCAAAAAAAAAUAUUGUCGCCGGAUGUAACACAACCCCGCCUAUGACGUUUUAGCUACUACUCCAUGGUGCUUUCUAAAUAGCUGAACUAUAAGAUACGGUCGUGGAAGCUAAGGCUAUUACACUACAAUAGACUUAUUUGACAAACAUCAUGCAUCCUGCAUGCGCAUAUAUCUUCUUACACAUAUAUAAUUCCCAACACUUGUAGUAUUAUAUUUCGCCUCAAGAACAUAAUGAUUCAUUUUAAAAUACUCCUCCAUUAGCACUUGUCUCAGAACAAUACUGCUUCCCAGAUCUAGCAGCUUAUUCUUUAACGUUGUCGUAAGCCUAAAGAUCAGUCAUGAAACUUUUGAUUUUCGUGUUCUUGAUUCCGUUCAUCUCCUGCCGAAGGCUCGCAGAUGGUGAGUACUUUUUAUGAGAGAAUUCUCUCUACAUUAUUGGUUUGUUUUGUGCUUUUCAGUUAAAUUUGGAAUAGCGGGUGACUUCAUUGCCUCUUGUUUUCGAUCCUAAACUUGACAUGGCAUAACGAAAUUUAGCUGGUGAAUUAACGAUAUUGCACCAAUGGCAGUAGGCACAUGCGACGUAAAGUGGUGUGUAGUAGCUGUUUUGCCAGUAACAAGUUACGAUUCUGAAUCUGAUUCGGAAACCAACUCUAGAUAACAGGCGUUUUUACUGGUAGCCCGAGAAACUAGCAUGCAAUUUAGUCAGUGAUACAGUCACACACUGUACAGGUUUUAAAUUGCGUACCAAGGAGUUGUUUAAGAUUAGAACCCCCAUGGAGUAAACAUUUCUAAUGUAGAUUGGCCCAGUUCUUAUUAAACCACAUAACCCUGAUGCAGAGAUGACAGCGGUCUGGGUUUUGCAUACUGGAACUUUCUUUGGGGUUAACACUUUACCCCCAUUUUCUCACUAUUUGUGUUCAUUGAGUCAAUAUAUGAUAGCUUGUUAUCCAGGUAUUUGAGUUUCUCUUUAUGACCUCUAUCCUUCAUAUAUUUCACAUUUUAGAGCCAGUCGAGCCCAUUGAACCGACAGAGGCGCCUACUACUGAGGAACCUGUCCCUGAAGGUAAAUCAUCAAAAUGAGGGUCUCUUAUUUUUACCUUCAACCGUCAAAAAUGCAGAUUAAUAUUAGUUUCAAAACUUUCAAGGUGUUUUGUGGUAACGUUGCUAGCUAGGAUUUCCUCUUGGAUGUUUGGGACGCUUACAUCAUGGACCCUAUUACAAGACCAGGAAAGAGCACCCCUUAUUUCCCAACCUCGUUCCCAGGGUUCUCUCCUACCCGCCCUACGCUCACUCCGUAGCGCAGGUAGGAGAGAACCCUGGGAACGAGGUUGUUUAUUUCCGUGCAUCAACAAAGGAGACUUUUGUCUGAUUGGCUGUUAGAUUUUGUAGUGUUCAGUCUCCUCACCGUGCGCAAGUGAGUAAACAAAGAUGGCUGCCAAAGCCAUCCUCCUUCGAUCGUUCGUUCAAGAUGGCAUGGAAAGGUUUACAAAGUGUGAUGUCUUUCUUUUAGCCUAUAGCACAUAUAGGGGUCGUUGACAAGAUUUUUUGUAUAUGCGCACAUUGCUGAGUGCGUCGCAAAAAGGACUCAACUAAAGCAAAGUACACCGGCUGGGAUGGGAAAUUUUCAAUUUACAAAAUGCUACAAUUGAGUCUUUUUUGGAGGAGGAAACGUAUUUUCAACUUCACUGAAACGUCCUGCCGACCCGAGGAAAACGGAGAAAGGUAAGUUUAUUGUUUAAGUGGUAUGUUUUAUCACGCAAACUGUGUACAACGUCUUGAUUUUCAAUUAUUUAAAUGUUGUUGAGUUUUAUAUAAGCUUAAGCUUAGUUUUUCUGUUUCUUGCCAGGUUGUGAAUUUCUGACUGUACUGCCUCUUAAUGACGGAGUGAUGCAUGUAGCGACUCAGAGACUUCCUUAUUUUUUAAUUUUUUUUUCAAAACAUUCCUCACCGUGACACCUUCUAUUAAAAUAAGUUACAUGUUUACUACAAAACUAGGGAAGAAUUGGAGUCAGUAAACGUCUGGGUGCUUUCCUAACGGAUGCGGUUCACUGUAAUAAAUUUAUAAUAAAUGCUCAAGGGAGGACCCACCAUAUACAUGUACUUGACUUACGGUAAUCACUUUUUUGCUGGUUAUUUAAUACAUGUGAAUGUAGUCCAUAGUAUAAGCAAACACUACAUCUGCAUCCACAACUAAAGGGAACGCAAUAAUAGCCUAUUUCACAGUUACAGUCGAGGCUGGAGUUCACCUCGUUUUGAUACAACCCCUCCUUCUUUAUUAUGUAGAUCAUGUUGUUCUUAUGCAAAUAUUUUUUUUUUCAACAAAAUUUUACAUUUAUAAAAAAAGGAAGGAAGUUUAAUCGUAUCAACCUCAGCCUCACAUUCGCUCAAAGACUAUGACACAGCGUGCAAAGAAAGUCGUGUCUGUUAGCCCAGGGCUAGUGGAUUUUGCUAUCAGGCUAGUGAUUUUUUUUAACGUGCCCCACGGGCAAGUGCUUUUUGGGGGGGGAAAUUCAAAUAAUUUACAGAAGGAUUGUAAUCAAUCCUGCUAAUCAAAAAGGGUUUUGGGCUAGUUGAAAUGACUUGUGGGCUAGUACAUGCUAGCUACUGCUUGCCCGAAUGGCAGGCUGUAAAAUGGAGUUUCUUUGCACCCUGAUGACACCCAGCCCACAACUGUAAAAUGGUCUGUUGGUCUUGAAUGUACUUACUGUAAGUCAUUCUGGAUGUCAUUCUUUCAGCAAUAUAAUCAUUGUGUUUUCCCUUCAGUGUUCUACCAUCUAUUUCCAUUAAUAAUAUUAUUAUUUCAUUUUACCUUCCCUUUUAACAAUAAUAUUAAUGUGCACCAGUUAUCAUGAUAUACCUCUUUAAUAACUUUUAGUACUUGAUACAGAUUUAGUAACACCAAGGUCUGCAUUGCUCAGGGUAGUGGGUAAAUCAGAUAAUGAUACAGAAAAAAACUUAUAAUGGCUGAAGAAAGAGAGU